AAUCGUCCUUUUCAUAUAUUUUUCUCCAUUUUUGUUUCUUCGUGAUUUCUUUUUCAACUCUCGCACCCAGAGUUCAUGGAGAACAAAAAUGAGGAAGUGACGACAGAGCGAGUCUUGGAAGCACGUGCCAGAAAUAUAAGCCACAAUGUUCGGUGCACGGAAUGUGGUAGUCAGUCCAUUGAAGACUCUCAAGCCGACGUUGCGGUUCUCCUUCGUAAGUUAAUUAGAGAUGAACUCCGGUCUGGGAAAAGUGAUAAAGAGAUCUUCCAAAAGCUGGAAGAUGAUUUUGGUGAGACAGUGCUUUACGCACCAAAAUUCGAUAUGCAAACUGCUGCUCUGUGGCUGUCGCCUCUGUUUUUCGCUGGUGUUGCUGGAGGAAUAUGGGCUUACGGUAGGUAUAGACAAAGGACUAAUGUGCACAUUAUGACCUUAAACCUCGUUAGAGGAGUUGCAUUAACGCCAAAGGAGAAGGAGACUAUGCUAGAUCUUCUCACACCGCCUCCUUCUCGAGGAGCUUCUUCUUGGUGGAGAAAAUGGCUUUCUUAAUAAUUCGAGAGUUUUCUUUACUCAUUUACCUCUACAUUAUCGAAAAAUGAAACCUUGUAUUUAUCAAUUUUAUAUGUAUUGAACCGAUAAUUCUUGUUCCAUCUUGCAAUAUUAUAUCUAGUAGAAACGGGUUUUUU